AUGGGUGCUCGAUGUCAGAAGCCUUCCCUAAUCCUUCCACACGUCUUCUGGCAGCUUUUAUUCAUUAUUAUUGCGGUGCUGGCAAUUAUUGUGUUAAUGACACUGGGAUUCAAUGGAAAGAUGUUGCUGCCUUCAAGUAUUGUUUUGAGUUCAAUGAUGGCUGUGGCAGGAGGCUGCGAAAUGUGGUGGUGUCUGCUUUCAAUUGCCUUUUAUCGUCAUGUUUGUGAUACUAAAGAUCGUCCGUUUUCCACGUCAGUGUCUCCAGAUGAGGAUCCACUGUGUGCCAGGGAUAGUCUUGUUUGA